AUGCCUUACAACAACACCCCCAUCACACCCUCGACCGAAAUCACCGGCACCGUAUCUCUUCCGCGUGAGUCUCGAACCACAUCUGAACUCUCAUGCCAACUUCUGACACAGUACANNGUCGCCAGAGUCAAGAAGAUCAUCCACGCCGACGACGACAUUGCCAACUGCUCAAACAACGCCGCCUUUGCCAUCACCGCUGCAACAGAGCUCUUCCUACAGUACCUGGUCGAACAAACUCAGAACGUCGUCAAGGCCGAGAAGAAGCCCAGGAGGAACAUUCAAUACAAGGACGUCGCCAGCGCAGUCGCUCGUGUAGACAACCUCGAAUUCCUCGCCGACGUCGUGCCCAAGACUGUUAGCUACAAAGAGCACAAGGCCAAGAAGCAGAGAGAAGAAAAGGAAGCCGGACAAACGACUCUUCCCAUUGUCGCUACUGCUACCACCGCUACCGCUACCCUCCCCACGGCUGUGAUUCCUGCUCAGACCGACCCCGUCCCUGCUCCCAUUCAGGCCCAGCUUGUCGACCCCAUGGACGAAACCUCUUGA